AUGAAGUUGACCGUCGGAUUGCAGCGGUUCCAUCAUUCGCUGGUCUAUCUGCCGGCACUUAAAGACCUUGUCCCUUGUGAGCUCGUGGAAGCGCUUAGUAGCUUCCUUGAUUUUUGUUAUCUUGUAAGACGUCAGGACUUUGACGAAACAACAUUACAGGCUGUCGACACUGCUCUUGCGACUUAUCACGACCGUCGAGAGUUUUUCCGAACAUCAGGAGUUCGCCCCGAUGGGUUUUCACUUCCGCGACAGCACUCAAUGUGUCAUUACGUCCGCGACAUUAAACAGUUUGGUGCUCCAUAUGGCGUCUGCUCCUCCAUUACCGAAUCUCGCCACAUUACUGCGGUAAAGAAGCCCUGGCGUCGGUCAAGCCGUUUCGAGGCAUUAGGGCAAAUGCUACUCACGAAUCAACGUCUCGACAAGCUCGCUGCUGCUCGUGCAGACUUUGAAGAGCGAGGAAUGCUGCGACCCCAAUACCCUACCCUCCCCGACAAAAUUAUCUCCGAGGAUGAUGCCGAGGAGGAGGAAGCUAUUGAUAGCCCCCGGGUAGAGGGUUCGGUAGUACUUGCCCGUACUCGCGAACGGUCAUACCCGGCUCGUCCUGGCGAGCUCGGGAAUCAUAUUGGAGUUCCUCAAUUUACAUCGCUUCUCCAAGCCUAUCUCCGCCCCCUUCUCCGCCCCCAGCUCCGAUGA